AUGUCACGUCACACCAGGAGAAGGGACGUUUUCCGUCGCAGCAUCAGUCUCCUCCUCUGCUUCUGUCUCCUACAUCCAGCGUCAUGUGAAUGGGGUACGCAGUGUUUUUUUACCUUCCUCGCUCUCAUUCGCUCCCCUAGAUUCAGACCCUCCUCCGCCUUGCCACCCAGACUCAUAGGCGGUGUGUGUAUGGGGAGGACGGCCGCUCCCUGCAGCGGCUUAAGCAGGAUAGUUUCGAUCCUUACCGCUGUGCCCUGUUUACCCCACGAACCCCAUUCUGAAGCGGAUCAAAGGAUGAGCGACCAGGGGAAGGGUUCGGGAUCCACAACUGCUGGAACACCAGCUCCAGGCUCGGAUACUUACAAAGGCUGGCUAUUUAAAUGGACUAACUAUCUAAAAGGAUAUCAACGCAGAUGGUUUGUCCUCAGCAAUGGUCUUCUGUCAUAUUACAGAUCGGUGGAUAUGUGUUUUGUGAGGAUGUGUGCUCAGGGAAACAACAGGACGCAGGCGGAGAUGGCGCACACGUGCCGUGGCACCAUCAACCUGGCCACAGCGCACAUCGACACGGAGGACGCGUGCAACAUCGUGCUGAGCAGCGGCGGGCGCACCUACCACCUGAAGGCCAGCACCGAGGUGGAGCGCCAGCGCUGGGUCACCGCUCUGGAGCUGGCCAAAGCCAAGGCCAUACGCAUGAUGAACAACCAGUCAGAUGACUCAGGCGACGAGGAGCCGACGUCGCAGUCGGACCGCAGCGAGAUCCAAGGCACCCUGAAGACGCUGGCCAGCAAGCUGGAUGAUCUGAGCACGUGCAACGACCUGAUCGCCAAGCACGGCGCGGCACUACAGCGCUCGCUGAGCGAGCUCGAGGCCCUGCGCGUGCCCGUGGAGGGCGGCGAGAAGAUCAAGGCCGUCAAUGAGCGCGCCACCCUCUUCCGCAUCACCUCCAAUGCUAUGAUCAAUGCGUGCCGAGACUUCCUGGACUUAGCGGAGAGCCACAGCCGGCGAUGGCAGCGCGUUCUUCAGUAUGAGCGGGAGCAGCGCACCCACCUGGAGGAGACCAUCGAGCAGCUAGCCAAGCAGCACAACAGCCUGGAGCGCGCCUGGAGAGAGGCCCCCACGCUCGCCACCAACACGCUCGACACCCCCACCACCGAGCAGGGGAGUGAGAGGCCGCAGAAAGAGGAGGCCAGUGAUGAAGAUGAGGAUACAGAGUACUUCGACGCCAUGGAGGAUUCCCCAGCCUUUAUCACAGUAACUGCCGCCGACCACUCGCAACACAGACGCUCUCAGAGUAACCUAAGUGGAGCCAGUGGAGGACACCCCAACGAUUGGAACCAGGAAGACCAUAUGAUGUCUCCCAGCUGUAAUGAUCUGUCAGGGAAGGAGCUGAAGCCCCGCAAGCGGAGGCGGACUCACAUCCCAGACAAGCCCAACUACUCCCUCAACCUGUGGAGCAUCAUGAAGAACUGCAUCGGCAAAGAGCUCUCCAAAAUCCCCAUGCCUGUGAACUUCAAUGAGCCGCUGUCUAUGCUGCAGCGUCUGUCGGAGGACCUGGAGUACCACGAGCUGCUGGACAAGGCGGCGCGAUGCGAGAACUCGCUGGAGCAGAUGUGCCUGGUGGCGGCCUUCUCCGUCUCGUCCUACUCCACCACCGUGCACCGCACGGCCAAGCCCUUCAACCCACUGCUGGGGGAGACCUACGAGCUGGACCGUCUGGACGACUUCGGCUACCGCUCGCUGUGUGAGCAGGUGAGCCAUCACCCCCCGGCGGCUGCCCACCACGUCUUGUCACAGCGUGGCUGGACCCUGUGGCAGGAGAUCACCAUCGCCAGCAAGUUCCGUGGGAAAUACCUCUCCAUCAUGCCUCUGGGUGCAAUUCACCUGACGUUCAAUGCGACUGGGAACCACUACGUGUGGAGGAAAGUGACCUCAACAGUACACAAUAUCAUAGUGGGGAAGCUGUGGAUCGAUCAGUCUGGGGACAUUGACAUAGUCAACCACAGAACCAAGGAGACGUGUCAGCUCAAGUUCUCUCCCUACAGCUACUUCUCCCGGGAAGUCCCUCGCAAAGUGACGGGGGUGGUGACAGACUGUGAUGGACAGGCACACUACGUCCUGUCAGGGACGUGGGAUGACAAACUCGAGAGUGCCAAGAUCGUCCACAGUAGCCGCGGGAGCAGUAGCUCUGAGGGCAAACAGAAGACGGUCUACCAGACGCUCAGUCCCAAACUGCUCUGGAAGAAGUAUCCACUACCGGAGAACGCGGAGAACAUGUACUAUUUCUCAUCGCUGGCACUGACGCUGAACGAGUUGGAGGAUGGCGUGGGCCUGACGGACAGCCGCCUGCGGCCUGACCAGCGGCUGAUGGAGGCCGGCCGCUGGGACGAGGCCAACAUGGAAAAGCAGCGUCUUGAGGAGAAGCAGCGGGCGGCACGGCGCCGGAGAGACGUGGAGGCCACCGACGCCCAUGACGAUGAGUGUGAUAAUGACUCUGGUCGGGAGUACGAGGGCUACCAGCCUCUCUGGUUCCACAAGCGGACUGACCCCAUCACCGCAGAGACGGACUUCAUAUACAAAGGGGGCUACUGGGAGGCCAAAGACCGGCACGACUGGAGCAUGUGUCCAAACAUCUUCUGAGUCGCCUCGCCCGCCGCUCCUGCUGCUGCUGGGUGGCUGCUGCAGACACCCCCCACACACACA